AUGAGCCUGAAAAAUCCUAGUCUCGGGUGGGAAAAGUUGCAGGAUGUGUUUUAUAGAGACCGAGAGCUAUGCCAACUUAGUGUGCCUUCGGAAGCCGGCUUCAAAUUCUCUGUAACUACUACUUUACUCGCAGUAGAAUCUGACAAUAGUAUUGAGAUUUGCCACUACCGAGGCCAAUGCGUGGCUAAAAUCGAUUUAACUAGCCUGCCUAGUGAGGUCGUGGGCUAUGAAUUUGACAAAGAAGACGAAGGCUCGCUAAUAAUCGCUAUGGCGGAUCGAUUGAGGAUCUAUCACAACUGGCGUCCGGUACUGUUUAAAGAUUACUUUUUGCCUGAUGCAGUUGAUGAUACAAUCUGGAGCUUCAAGAAUCGGGUGGCUGUGAUGCUGUCAUCACAAGACGUUUACCAUUUCGACGGAAACUCGCUAGUUAGGAUCUGCGAGAACAACGAGCGAUUCGCACUCCUAACUAAAAAACAUUGGCAUUGUAACAAAGACGUUUUGGUCUUAUUGGACGUGAAACACGUUUUUCAUCUUUACAUCGAAUCAGGGAUACUUAGCGAAGAAGCCAGUAAUGAAAUAUGGCAUUCAGUUGUCGUCUCCCCUCAGGGAUUAGUGUGUUUGUAUAACGCUAAAACGUAUGAUCUCAAAAUCUACAAAAACGGCGACGUACGACUUAUGGAAAUCAAUCUAGACUCACACGCGAAGGACAUUGCUUGGUGUGGAGAUGACACUAUAGCGUGUUUAUUUAAUAACGAGGAAAUCAAACUUUUCGGGCCCGAUUCCUGCAGCAUUACUUUCUGGUUUCCCGAAGAGAUUAUAACGCUGAACACUGAAAUAGAUGGUCUUAAAGUGGUCACGAACGAUAAAAUUUGGCUUAUAUCGAGAGUCGGGCGUCAUACAACAGACGUUUUUUUGAUGGGAUCAACUGAGCCAAGCUCCAUUCUACUAGAUUCAGUCAAUUUUCUUUCCACUCAAGCGCCACGCGCUGUUGAAAAUUUGAAGAUUAUAAACUUAGAUCAAGGUGUGGCUGGAUGCUUAGAUGCGGCACUUGAUGAACUUGUGCCAUAUUGGCAAAAAAAACUACUUUCCGCAGCUGUCUUCGGUAAAAGUUCUUUACCCAGAGAGUCUCAGAAUUCAAAACGCUUCGUAGAUACCUGCGAUAAGCUCAGGGUUUUGAAUAUGCUAACCGAAAAAGGCAUAAUACUAACGGCGAGGCACCUAGAGUAUUUCGGUUUGGAUAAACUAAUAUCGCGACUCAUGAAGACUGGGGAUUUUUAUGAAUGCAUUUUAGUUUGUAAGUUUUUGAAGGUGCGAGGGAAGAUUCCAAAGAUCUUUGCAGCUUGGGCCAAUGCCAAGAUUGUUUCUUCCUCCGAGAUAGACGACGAUGAGAUCUUUAAAGCCAUCGCAAAGCUUGCACAAAGCAUUACGGUCAAAGUUCCUAUGGCCGAAGUUGGACUAACUGCAUUCAAUGAAGGCAGACCACGUAUGGCCAAGGACCUAAUUAUUAUGGAACGAAUGCCGGCAAUGGAGCUUUCGGCUCUAUUGGAGCUUGAUGAACACGAACUUGCGCUAAAGGAGGGGAACAAACUGGGAAUACCGGAAAUGACUCUAUCAGUGCUGUUGAAAUUGCGCGAACAACUAAAUACCGCACAAUUUACGAAGAUCAUUAUGCUAACAAUGCGCGAUGAUCAGCUAUUCACUUAUUACUCUAGACAUGAUGGGACGUUUCUUUUUGACUUUUACCGUCAAACCGAUCAGCUGGCUGAGCUUGCAUAUCAUCUGUGGAGCGAAGGUCUAAAAGAUGGAACGUCAGGCGAAUUCUUACCGCAGGUGAAGGAGCUUUACAGCAGACUUACUCAUGACUCUUUGAUCAGAAAUGAUCAGGGAACUCUGGAAAGACAAGUUCAGCUUCUUGAAUUUCAAAAAUCUCUGGCUCAAGUCCAACAGAUAAACGUGGUCAACGCAACCUUAGAUGAUACGAUAAGAAUCUUGAUAGUAAAUCGCCUCGACAAACAGCUGGUUGUCUUUUUAAGAAAAUUCAAGGUGCCAGACCAGAAGUAUUACCAUAUUAAAUGUAAAGCGCUCGCUCGGGAGCAAAGGUUUGAUGACCUUUACAAAUUUGCACAAGAAAGGAAAUCACCAAUAGGCUACAUGCCGUUUUAUAAAUCGUUGCUGCAGCAGAAGAGGAAGAAAGAAGCAUCGGUAUAUGUGCAAAUGAUAUCAGGAAUCUCUUACGAAAAAAGAUUUGAGAUGUAUUUGCAAUGUGGCUCUUACUUUGAUGCAAUACAGUUGGCAUCUAAGGAGAAGGACGUUCCAAACUUAAAGAGAAUUUACAAGCAAAUUCCUCCUAAUGAAGCGCAAUUGAGAACGCUGGUGAAUGAAACGGUGAAUAAGCUCUAA